GCGUUCAAAUUAUUAACAGAUUAUUAACAUGAUUUUAUUAUUGUGAUAUUAUGUGGAAUACUUCAAAAACAAUAUUACGUGAGGUAUAUAAUGAAGAUAUUUGUCGACGCAGUUCUUAACUAUGACGAUUUCAAGAUAUACACUAGUUCUCUAUACAUUUCUACUUAUUUUUGACUGCAUGUUGUCACUUAAGCUACUAGAAUUAAGAGUACCAAGUCACGUAAAGCUUGGAUCUCAACCAGAAUUGGCUUGUCAUUGGGAACUCGGCCCGCAAGAUUUGCUUUAUUCCAUCAAAUGGUAUAAAGAUGGUCAAGAGUUCUUCAGACAUGUUCCACGCGAUCUUGAACCUCAUAGGAAGUAUUAUUUACCAGGAGUUGCAGUUAAUAAAUCAGAUGAAUUGGCAUCACAUAUAACACUAUAUCCCGCCACACUGGAGACAGCAGGCCGUUAUAGAUGCGAGGUGUCUGGAGAAAAGCCGCUUUUUCCAACAGUCUCUGAACACGCCAAUAUGAUCGUCGUGGUUUUACCAGAAGACGGCCCUGUGAUCUCAGGGUUUAAUCCAUACUAUCGGAUAGGUGACCAGCUUAGGGUGAACUGUUCAUCAGUCCGAUCACGCCCGGCUGUACGUCUGACAUGGUAUGUCAAUGGUGAACCAGCGCCGUUCACCGCUAUCACGUCACCAAAAGUAUACAAAGACCCUGAGGGCUACGAAACUACAAGCCUUGCUUUAUCUUUCCAAAUCAAUGAACAACAUUUCGUAAAUGGCGGAUUUAAAAUCAAGUGUCUUGCUACCUUGGCUUCAGUAUAUUGGAAAAGCAACGAAGAAAGUGCCCGUGAAUUGAAAACUGUGUCUCAAAUGCGGAUUGAAGAAAAAUCUUACAAUCCAAUGAAGACUAUCGAAUUAGAACCCAAUGAUAUAUUAAAGAAUAUUUGUAAAAAAGAUUAG